AUGGAAGCGGUCAUAAGAUGGCUUAUUUCCAACGCUUUCUUCUUUUUAUUCCUUCAAGUUGGCCACAGCCUAGUCGCUGCAGAACUGCUCGAUUGGUCGAGUCCACUCUACACGUUUGACGGCAGCUGGACGCGGCAGAGCGAUGGAUACAGCACUUAUGACGGUUCAUGGUAUCUUUCGUUCAGAGGCUCAUCCUUCUCGGUUCCCUCGCAGCCUGGAGUGACCAUCUCAGUCUGGGCAGAUGGCUCGAGCUACAACAGUCAUCAAAACGGAGACUUGAGUAACAUUACACUUCUUCAUGGAGAUCAUCAAGUAUUGUUCCAUGCAAAGUCAACAGGCUCGGAGCCCUACCUCUUCAAGGGCAUCUAUGCUUCUCAGCCUCGAAUUCAACAAGACCUCUCCGUCCUUUACCCCGGAAACGCUUGGCCUCACGCCUCAUCCGUGCCCACAGACGCUCUCAUACUCGAACCAGAUUCAGACUGCGUCAAGAAGUCAUGGCAAUGGGAUACUAACAUGAACGAAUGGGGUAACAACAACAAUACCGUCGUCGUUUCGGGCAUGCGCACCACCUCUGGCGUCCCCGCUGUGACGGUUUUCUUCUGGGGAACCGGAUUAUGGCUGUUCGGUCCAAACUAUAUUUCGAGAGAUUAUGUCGAAAUUUCGUCGCGUGUCGACAAGGGAGAUAUUGUCAAGAAACAGUACGGGGCCACCAAGCGGGAUCAACCUGUCUAUCAGGCGCUAUUAUGGCAAGUGACUGGACUCUCAGAGGGAAUUCAUGCAGUCGAUCUUUGGUUCCGCGCCGAUGUCUUCGACACUACCUACUUUGAUUACUUUCGUGUCGCUGGUAAUCUGACAAACUGCGGGAUCUUUGAAGGCUCAGCUGCAACCCGUCAAGAACAUUCGUUGUGGUGGUACGGGCAGAUCAUCUGGAUCCUCACAGGAGGCAUCUUCUUGGCUGGCCUCACCCUCAUUUGCUGCUGGUGUUUAUGUGCUGAGCCACGUACCCGUACCAGGUUUGCAGCUCGAACGAUGGCCGUUUUAGCGGAAAUCGAAAGGAAGCGUCUGGAAGAAGAAGAAACGACAAGAAGGGAUACCGAGAGUGUUCACGUUCAACCACUUCCCACCGAUGCCUCGAUCAUGGACUCGCCACGGUCGAUGGAGUCUCCACCAGCUACAGUUGUCCCUUUCAGCAUGUCGACGCCACGGCGCUCUCCUCACGAAACUCUCGAACCCAUUCAACAUACACUUCCGUUUAUCUGGACGGGCAUUGGACCGUAUUAUGCGGCCCCAACCUGGCGAGGGGACCUACAUUCUUAUCCGCCGCCACCUCGACAGCAACGCAAGUCACGACCCGUAAACACACCCUAUGUCCCUACAUCAAUACUCGAAUACGAAAACACCUCGGCUCCUGGUACGGACAUCCCCGUCACCGAGGACGAACACACCCGACCCAUAGUUUCGACGAACGGUGACGAAGAUCGUUAUCUUCGCCCGGCCGAACGUCAACAGAGAACCCAUCACGAGCAUAACCAUCGAGCAUCUCACCCAUCGAGACAACCACACCCCGAGUCUGGUCCCUCUCGUCAACAAUUGCAACCAGAGUUGCAGUCACCCCCUGGCGUCACACGUGCUCCUGAAUGGAACACUCCUCCGCCGGCGUACUUGACCGAGCUCAACACACCUCGUCGGCCGUUUGGAUUACUCUCGCAAGGCGAUCUCGGCAGACUCGUGAAUCGCGUCACGGCACUUCGUGGUCAUAAUCGUGCGAUGGGCCAAGACGAUGUCAUACUAGAGAAUCGAACUCUCGAAAAGCCUUCGUCCGCGACGCUGCGUGUGACUGUGCCGGAUGAGCUUGAAGAAGGACCUAGUGAGAGGAGAGGAGAGGGAGAAGAUCAAAGGAGCGAUGUUCCCGGUGAAAUGGAUGAGGAGGAUCCGGUGGAGAUUCUUGCGCGAAGGAUUGCGGAAGAAGAUCCAGAUGGGACUGCCGGCAGCCCGCAUUCUCCUACUUCACCUCGAUGA